GCUGUGUUCGAAGAAAUAUACUCACAAGAGUUCUUUAGUUAUGCUUACGUCUGUGUUGUGUAUCGCUUCAUUGAUAACCCUUCUCGAUGCUCAUAUUUCAAUAAAGAAAGAAAGAUUUGAACCAUUGUCAGAUGACAUCAUCUCGUAUAUCAAUCAACAUCCAAAUGCUGAAUGGAAAGCUGAGAAAAGCAAUCGUUUCCACUCACUGGAUGACGCACGCAUUCUGAUGGGUGCAAGAAGAGAGGAACCAGAAUUAAGAAAGAAGAGACGUCCCACAGUUGACCAUAAUGAUUGGAAUGUAGAAAUUCCAUCAAGUUUCGAUUCAAGGAAGAAAUGGCCUCGUUGUAAAAGUAUAGCGACCAUCCGUGAUCAAUCACGAUGUGGAUCAUGUUGGGCUUUCGGUGCUGUCGAAGCCAUGAGUGAUCGAACCUGCAUACAGUCACGUGGCAGACAAUCUGUGGAACUAAGUGCUGUGGAUCUAGUGAGCUGUUGCAGCGAUUGCGGAUUUGGUUGUGAUGGUGGAUUCCCUGGUCCUGCUUGGGAUUAUUGGGUAGAGGAAGGCUGUCAACCAUAUCCAUUCCCAAAAUGUGAGCAUCAUGCCAAAGGGAAGUAUCCUGCAUGUGGUGAAAAAAUCUACAAGACUCCUCGUUGUAAACAGACAUGUCAGAAAGGUUACAAAAUCCCGUACGCCCAAGACAAGCAUCGAGGUAAAUUAUCCUACAAUGUUGCUGAUAAUGAAUUGUCUAUUCAAAAGGAAAUCAUGAAGUAUGGACCAGUAGAAGCAAGCUUCAUCGUUUAUGAAGAUUUUCUAAAUUACAAAUCUGGGAUCUAUACACAUAUUACUGGGGAACCAGUUGGUGGACAUGCCAUACGUAUAAUUGGAUGGGGUGUGGAAAAAAACACUCCUUAUUGGUUGAUAGCGAAUUCGUGGAAUGAAGAUUGGGGUGAAAAUGGAUAUUUCAGAAUACUACGUGGUCAUGAUGAAUGUGGCAUCGAAUCCGAGGUUCCUCAUAAAUAUAUCAGUCGGAAUCGGGUCCACGGCCCUACCCAUGGAGAUUCUAUCAACUUGACCGUAUAGUACAUUAUUGAACCGAGUGUUUACUUUUGGUACUCAAGAAUGGCAGCUGCUCAGAAUUAUUAAUUGGGAAAUGAAGAGUACAGGAUAUUGACAUACGAUUCCGGUUGUUUAUUCCAUAAAGAUCAUUAUAAAGAGAGUAGUGACGUCGAAAGAUACCAUGAGUAUAUGAGGAAAAUUUAAGCUUUCAAGCCUUUGUGAAAACUCAAAACUAGCCUUUAGAGUGUAGGUAGCUAACUGCUUGCGGACUGGUCCUUAACACCAUGUGAACCAGCAGAUGACUUUUUGAAAAUGUGAUCAAAUCAUAGAUAAUGACUCGACCAGGAUGUUAGGUUUCUAUAUUGUUAUUAUUAUUCUGUCAGUGUGUCUUCUUAUGAGGUCUUAUUCAAACCAAUUCUUACUUUAUGUACUUCAGAACAAUCUCUUCAUCACCGAUCUUUUCCUGUCACACAAUUCUCAAAACUUAAGUAAACCCUCAAAAUCCUGUCUAGUUAUUACGUAACCCAUCUGAAUAUAUUCUAAUCCAAAACAAUUACCAACUCAUAACUAUCUCGUCGGAUGAUUUGAAUCUCACGUGAACUCUUUACUAUUUUUUCCUUUUCUAUCGAAUCUGUUGGAGCCCUAUUCAUUUCUCUGUAUUAUUAUUGUUUUUUUCAAAAUAUAACAUAGGGUCUUGAGUA